GGUCUCCCUUAGUACAUUUCUUUCUGUUAAGCAUGUCUUUCUUUCCCGAGGAAGAGAAAUCCAAGCUCCCUUCCAACCAUUCCAAAUCCCUUCCAAAGCUCAUCAGGAAUGCUUGCGCUCAGUGUCAUGGCUCCUGCCUCGGGACUCCCUCAACCAUGAGCUCCGUAGAUGAGAGUCUUGACAGUGAUCUAGAUCACAAACAGUUGAUAAUACUGGAGAUUCAAAGUCGAGCGAUGAAGGCUAAGUCGAGGCCUAGGGAGUUCCUCUUCUCAGCGAAGCUCGCUUGGGCUACGUCACCAACAACAGGAAGAGUGCACAUGACUCCCAUGAGGAAGACAGACGGAGAAGAAGAAGGCGACUGCGGCGGGUACGAGGAAGACGACGACGAUGAGAGCGAAGCGUUUUUCUCGGUGAAGAGCCGCUUUUCUUGCUGUUCGACUGAUGGUUCGACAGAGUUGAAGGAGAUCCGUGCUGGGUCGAUACUGGAAGAGUUCCGACACUGCGAAGGGUGGCCUUUUGGUCUGUGCCUCAGAGCUGUUGUUCUUCCGCCAUUGCCGAGCUCUCCUUCGGACUCUUGGAUGUGGCACAAGAGAAACCUUGUCAGUAGGGACUUCACCAAAAGCUUAGCAAUGAAGUCUUGACGGAAAGAAGAAGAAAAAG